AUGUACCUUGAGGUAGUCGAUGCGUAUUCGAAGUGGCCAGAAGUCUUUGAGAUGUCGUCGUCGUCAACCACUGCAACGUUGAGAGAACUCAGAAUGCUGUUCGCACGAUUCGGAAAUCCCAGGGUGAUCGUGUCAGACAAUGGUACGCAGUUUACAGCGAAGGAGUUCCAGGAAUUCUGCGACAUGCAAGGAAUUGAGCACGUUUGCUCGCCGCCGUUCCAUCAACAGACGGUAGGAGGGGUGUCGGAGGAACUUGCGGAAUUUUUGCAGUGGUAUAGAAGAACACCAUGUGCGCCAACGCCAGGACAUCUUUCUCCAGCGGAGGUGUUCCUAGGACGCCAGUUGAGGACGUCAUUGACGCUGCUGAAAGAAUCAGCUAAAGAAGGAACGCGAAGUGUGGAAAUUGAAGAACAGUUUAAUCGUCAUCAUGGAGCACAGAAGAGAUCGUACCACCAGGAAGAACUCGUGUGGGCGCGUGACUACCGUCCGGGACAUGAGAAAUGGACCUCUGCUCGUGUGAAGAAUCGCUAUGGACGAGCCGUGUACGACGUGCUAACGGAAGAGGAUGAUUUGUGGAAAAGACACGAUGGAAACCAGAUGCGUGGAGAAAAGCACCGGAGAAUUAGCUGCGAGAAGACUAAAGCUUCCAAGAUGCCGUUCAACCAGGAUGAGCGACGGUACCAUGGUAUGGCAAGGACGAUCGCCGACGUCAACAACAAUGUCAAGGAUCGAGCACCAACUAUCAUGCCGCCGACAACGACUAGACCAGCUCGACAACGCCGACCGCCUCGUCGAUUGCAACCUGAUCCGAAGAUGAAGACGUACGCGAUGCGUUCAUCUUAA